AUGCUCAGGCUCUCGAAGCGUUCUCUCUCUACCUUCCUACGCUCCGGCGAUCGGAGCUUCCGUGUCGCCGCCGCAGCUUCGAUCUCCCGCUCUUCCCCAUCGCCCACGGAUGUGGCGAGAGUUGAUAAUGAAUCGAGAUGGUACUCGUCAUUAACCAAUGGGCAACGUGUGAAAAGUGAAUCCUUGCCUCAUUUGAACAUUAAACCCAAUUGGUUUGUGGGAUACCGGAAUGAAUCCAGUGCAGCAGCAUCAGAUUCUUCCUCACAGGCUCCUCCACCUGCCGAGAAAUUCGAGUAUCAAGCUGAGGUUAGUCGGCUCAUGGACCUGAUUGUUAACUCCCUAUACAGCAACAAGGAGGUGUUUCUUCGGGAGCUUAUCAGCAAUGCUAGUGAUGCACUGGAUAAGCUGCGUUAUUUGAGCGUCACCGACCCUGAGCUUUCAAAGGACUCUGCUAAUCUUGAUAUACGCAUUUACGCAGAUAAGGAAAAUGGAAUAAUAACCCUCACUGAUUCAGGAAUUGGAAUGACACGACAAGAACUAGUUGACUGUCUUGGGACUAUUGCGCAAAGUGGAACUGCAAAGUUCCUGAAAGCUUUAAAGGAUAGCAAGGAUGCUGGUGGUGACAACAAUUUAAUAGGACAAUUCGGUGUGGGAUUCUAUUCAGCAUUCUUAGUCGCCGAUCGGGUCACUGUGUCAACCAAGAGCCCGAGAUCUGAUAAGCAAUAUGUAUGGGAAGGAGAAGCAGAUUCAAGCAGUUAUACCAUUCAAGAAGAGACUGAUCCUCAGUUAAUCAUUCCCAGAGGAACCCGUAUUACUUUGCAUCUUAAGCGAGAUGACAAAGCAUUUGCAGAUCCAGAGCGGAUUCAGAAGCUCGUGAGAAACUAUUCUCAGUUUGUGUCUUUCCCUAUAUACACCUGGCAGGAAAAGGGAAUCACAAAAGAGGUUGAGGUUGAUGAUGAUCCUGCUGAAGCCAAAAAAGAUGACAUGGAUGACCAAACUGAGAAAAAGAAGAAGACCAAGAAGGUUGUUGAGAGGUACUGGGAUUGGGAGCUUACCAACGAAACACAACCAAUUUGGCUCCGGAAUCCUAAGGAGGUGACUACAGAAGAAUACAAUGAGUUUUACAGAAAGACGUUCAAUGAAUAUUUGGACCCACUGGCAUCCUCCCACUUCACGACAGAGGGUGAGGUCGAGUUUAGGUCCAUCCUUUACGUUCCACCUGUCUCACCUAUGGGCAAGGAUGACUUGGUUAAUCAAAAGACAAAGAACAUAAGGCUCUAUGUGAAACGAGUUUUCAUUUCAGAUGACUUUGAUGGGGAGCUGUUUCCUCGGUACUUAAGCUUUGUUAAGGGUGUUGUGGACUCUCAUGAUCUCCCACUUAAUGUGUCCCGUGAGAUUCUUCAAGAAAGUCGCAUUGUGCGGAUCAUGAAGAAACGGCUGGUGAGGAAGGCAUUUGAUAUGAUUUUGGGCAUAUCCUUAAGUGAAAACAGAGAAGACUAUGAGAAGUUCUGGGAGAAUUUUGGCAAACAUCUAAAACUAGGGUGCAUCGAGGACCGUGAAAACCACAAGCGUAUAGCUCCACUGCUUCGAUUUUUCUCCUCUCAGAGUGAGGAUGACAUGAUCAGCUUGGAUGAGUAUGUUGAGAAUAUGAAACCUGAGCAGAAAGCCAUUUAUUACAUUGCUUCCGACAGCGUUACAAGUGCUAAGAAUGCACCUUUCCUGGAAAAGAUUAUGGAGAAGAAACUUGAAGUACUUUAUCUGGUAGAACCCAUUGAUGAAGUUGCCAUACAGAGCUUAAAAUCUUACAAGGAGAAGGAUUUUAUCGACAUCAGCAAGGAAGAUUUAGAUCUAGGAGACAAGAACGAGGAGAAAGAAGCAGCUGUGAAAAAGGAGUUUGGGCAGACUUGUGAUUGGAUAAAGAAACGAUUGGGCGAUAAGGUCGCAAAUGUUCAGAUCUCCAACCGUCUUAGUUCAUCGCCUUGUGUUAUUGUAUCUGGUAAAUUUGGUUGGUCGGCAAACAUGGAGAGGCUAAUGAAGGCACAAUCAUCUGGUGACACAACAAGCCUUGAGUUCAUGAAAGGGAGAAGAGUGUUUGAGAUCAAUCCAGACCACUCGAUUAUCAAGAACAUAAAUGCUGCUUACAGGAGUAACCCUGAUGAUGAAGAGGCGUUGAGAGCCAUAGAUCUUAUGUACGACGCCGCACUAGUUUCUAGUGGCUUCACGCCCGAGAAUCCAGCAGAGCUGGGUGGGAAGAUAUACGAGAUGAUGGGUAUGGCUCUUUCUGGUAAAUGGUCAAGCAGCCCUGACUUCCAGUCACAGCAGCAGAAGAUGGCUAAUGGUUUCAAUGCAGAGCCAUUAGAAGCUGAAGUGGUUGAACCAGUUCAAGUGGAUGGUCAGAAAUGA